AUGACUAGUGCUCUCAUAAUCAAAGAAGAAGUCAUAAUACCCUCUGAAUUCUCCUUUUUUGAUCAAUUUCAAGACUUGGUUCCUUCAAGACCAGUUGAACAUCUUGGUAAAUUGGAUUUAACAUUUGAAGGUAGGUUACCAGAUCCAGGUUUAGUCAUUUUAGAAGAUGGUGGUGAGAUCGGAUGUGGAGGUAAAGUUUGGGUAGCUGGUGAAUUAUUAUCUAAAUAUGUGCUUGAUAAAGGAUUGUACAAUAAGAAGAAAGUGAUUGAAAUUGGAAGUGGGACAGGACUUGUUGGAUUAACUCUUGGUUUGAGUGAAAACAGAGAUAAAGAUAUGGAAAUUUUCAUCACGGAUAUUGAGUAA